UUCCGUCAUCGAGUGACGUAUUAUUCGCGCGCCGGUCGGUGUUCCCGUACGUUUUUUGUAAACAGUCGCUUUUCUAGAUUAAAGAAAUUCGGUUAUUUCUCUCAAUGGACGAAGAAUACUACAGCAAUGCUGGAGAAUGGGAGGGACAGGACGGCAACAUGGAGGAUGGAUACGCCGAUGCUGAGGCUGACGGAAAAGUUCAGGAGGAGUGCCUGCAGAAAUUCUCCAGCAGGGAUUAUAUCAUGGAGCCCACCGUGUUUAACACCCUGAAAACGUAUUUCCAGGCAGGCGGUUCCCCCGAGCAUGUCAUCCAGCUGCUGUCAGAGAACUACUCUGCUGUUGCACAGACGGUCAAUCUUCUGGCGGAGUGGCUCAUUCAGAUGGGUGUUGAGCCCGCGCAGGUGCAGGAACGCGUAGAGAAUCAUUUAAAGUCUCUCUUAAUCAAACACUUUGACCCUCAGAAAGCAGAUUCUAUUUUCACUGUUGAGGGAGAGACACCCGCGUGGCUGGAACAGAUGAUAGCACACACAACAUGGAGAGAUCUAUUCUACAAACUAGCUGAGGCUCAUCCAGACUGCCUGAUGCUCAACUUCACUGUCAAGUUGAUUUCAGAUGCAGGAUACCAAGGAGAGAUCACAAGCGUGUCCACAGCCUGUCAACAGUUGGAGGUUUUCUCCAGAGUCCUACGAACCUCUCUCGCCACUCUGCUGGACGGAGGAGAACAGAACCUGGAGAAAAAUCUCCCUGAAUUUGCGAAGAUGGUGUGUCACGGUGAGCACACAUACUUGUUUGCUCAAGCCAUGAUGUCCAUCCUCGCUCAGGAGGAGCAGGGCGGCUCAGCAAUGCGGCGAAUUGGGCAGGAAGUACAGAAAUACGCCCACGAGAGGGGACAUGAUGCCAGUCAGAUCACAUUAGCGCUAGGCACAGCCGCUGCAUAUCCACGCGCAUGCCAGGCUCUCGGUGCCAUGCUGUCCAAAGGGGCUCUAAACCCAGCAGACAUCACGGUCCUGUUCAAGAUGUUCAGUAGCAUGGAUCCACCUCCUGUAGAGCUGAUCCGAGUUCCUGCCUUUUUGGAUCUGUUCAUGCAGUCGCUAUUUAAACCCGGAGCUAAAAUCAACCAAGACCACAAGCACAAAUACAUCCACAUAUUAGCGUAUGCUGCUAGUGUUGUGGAAACUUGGAAAAAGAACAAGCGUGUGAAUAUAAAUAAAGAUGAGCUGAAGUCGACCUCAAAGGCUAUCGAGACGGUUCAUAAUCUCUGCUGCAAUGAGAACAAGGGAGCUACUGAGCUAGUAGCAGAACUCAGCACAUUAUACCAGUGCAUAAGGUUUCCAGUGGUGGCGAUGGGAGUGCUGAAGUGGGUCGACUGGACGGUGUCUGAGCCUCGUUACUUCCAGCUACAGACAGACCACACUCCUGUCCAUCUAGCGCUACUGGAUGAGAUCAGCACAUGCCAUCAGCUUCUUCAUCCCCAGGUGUUACAGUUGCUCAUCAAACUGUUUGAGACCGAGCACUCGCAGCUCGAUGUCAUGGAGCAGCUGGAGCUCAAGAAGACCUUACUGGACCGUAUGGUUCACCUGUUGAGUAGAGGUUAUGUUCUUCCAGUGGUCGGCUACAUCCGUAAAUGUCUUGAGAAGCUUAACACAGAUAUUUCACUCAUCAGAUACUUUGUUACGGAGGUUCUAGACGUGAUAACACCUCCAUACACCUCAGACUUUGUCCAGCUGUUUUUGCCCAUCCUAGAAAACGACAGCAUAGCUGGAACCAUCCGCACCGAGGGAGAACAUGACCCUGUUGCUGAGUUCAUUGCUCACUGCAAAUCCAACUUCAUCAUGAUGAAUUAACCUUUGGAAUUAGUGGGAUGUUUGAGAAGUGGAAGGAUCAUAGGGACAGAGAGACAAUUUCAGUGUAUAUACUGUGUUGACCUUUCCACCGAAAAUAUUGACAUGAGUGUUGAACUUUGAAAGUGUUUUUGAGGUACUUUGCUUCGAAAUAAUCUGACGUUGGUUUUCUUUUUUGUAUAUUGUAAUAAUUUUUAAAAAAAAAAAAAGUUGUACUAAAGUUUAUAGCGUCAUCAUUUCUAAAGUCACUAAAUAUUUGGUCAGAUAAACUGAUGAAGUUUCUUUAGAGGCUUUAGUCUUCAGCCAAUGUACAUGCCAAUUUAAUGUAAAUAUAUAUGUUACAUUAAGAGACAACUUUACUGCUGUAUAUGUUUUUUAUAUUUCCAAACUUAUUUUAAAAAAAGAAAAAAAAAGUGGCCUUUGCAACUUGAGUUUCUUAUCUGAUGUAGUCUUUAAAUCAAAGAUCCAAAGCAUUUGUUAUAAUAAUUGCUUGGCUGUUAGAGCUGAAUACAAUAGUGUACAAAGACACAGUUUAGACUAUUCCACUCAAUUUAGUCUAAAUUAAAGCAAUUUACUAAAUAUACCCACAACAGAUUGACCAGAAAUAGAACUUGAUAAGACAUUUAUUAAAGAGUGCAUCGAUUAAACUGAUCUGGUUUGACAGAUGCAUUAAAAGCAAAAUCAAAAAAGUAGCAAACUAUGUACUUUUGCUUUUAAUACAACACAGCAAACCCUAAAACCUUUUCAGUGCACAAGAUCAUUAGAUGACUAUUUGGCUUGAGUUCGGUCUAUUUAAAACGGUCUAAAAAAGAAAAUGUAUUAAAAAAAAAAAAAAAAAAAAA